GGAUCCGCUUUCCUGUCCUGUACGCCAAGAACGGGAAUCAGAGCGGUACUAUAGAUAUACUAUAAAGUGAUGUUCCUCUCUGUCUCUGUGUCUGUGUGUGUUUGCAGGGAAUUCUGGGACGUCAGGCAGACACGAAGCCUGAUGACAUAACUCGAUGACAUCACUACACUAAACCCAAACCAACCCCCCCUUCCCCCCCCCCCCACACACACACACACACACACACACACAACGCUCUGCCUCUGCACCGCUCCGAGUGCAUUUAACGGAAAGAUGGAUGUCGGACUUCGCGCCGCGUCCGUGUCUGCCGACGUGACACGGGAUCUCCACUCCGAAACAGGAAGUGACAUCCUCGUCAGAUAAGACGAGGGAGGUCGCCUGAACUGUUCUCAGCGUCUGCGCACGUUUUUGUGAAGAAUUUUCGUUGCCUUAGAAAUCAUCUGAUCCGCAUAUCGUUUACGUUCGUACACCUCCGUGCCUCAUGAUAUCAGCACUCUCCCCCCCCCCACCCCCCAACACUAACGACACUUUUUUUAAUGAUUCUUUUCUUAAUUUUUUUCAUUUUAAUCACAUGCACAAUCCAGCAAUGAGAUUUUAUUAUUUAUAACAUCAGACACUUAUUUAUUAGUGUUUACUACGUCAUUACUUAGCGCUUUUUUUUAAAAUUAUUAUUUCUUUUUCGUUCUCAUACACUGAGCAGUCGAGGCCCGGAGGACAGCAUAGGCUUUUUCUUUCUUUCUUUUUUUUUUAAAAUAUCUUUUUUUUUUUUAAAUGAAUUUUCUCUGUGAGUUGAAAGAGAUGUCAGGAUUUUUGCUUCAGGCAAUAAGUAAGCACAAUCAGGGAUCGGUCUACGUGCUGACAUCGAGCUUUUUAAUCUAGACACCAAAAAGAAGACAAAAAAAGCUCGUCCAUUGAUUACAACUGCAAAAAAAACCAACUAUGUGCGUCUGAAACUCUAAUGAGGAACGUUUGUGCGUGACUCACGCUGGAUUUGUAAUAACGACCUAACCACAAGCACUGACUCCUUCUUUACUACAUCCGCUGCUCCAGACUCCAGUUUUCAUCUGCUGACAAACGCUUCAACAGAAGAAGAGCUUCUGAGAAAGCGUUUACGACAUUCAUACCUCCAAACUUGACGUUUUUUUCAGUCCGUGAAGGUAAAAUAACCUCUGAAGCGUGUUUUCCACACGACCUUCGACCCAGAUGUCGGUCCCCGAGAUUUGAAACCUGCUGAAUCUCUCGAGGAGCUCGAAAACCAAAGGCAGGGUCGUGAAACGCAAUAUUUACUAAACUUUUUGUAUUUUAACUUACACGUACAUCCAUGGCCGUAAACUGUACAUGUGAAGGCGGAUUCAGAGAAUGAAACGCUUCUUCUGAGUCCCGGGAUUCAUGAAGUCCUGGAAAGAAAAACGUGUUCGUGAAAAAAACUAAAAAAGUUGGGAAUUUUACUCCAGAUACAACAAUUCCAAACUCUUUUGUGGAGCGCUCGUUUUCUGAAACGUCAGAUUGUCCGUAUUCGAUUUCCUCUGCUCGUGUCGGCUCGAACGAUUACGGAACCGCAUUGGCUGAAGAUGGAUCGUGGGGCAGCGUUCCGUGCGUGAGUGAUUAAUAUUCACCGGCUGCCGGAAUGCGCUCUCCGAGUCCUCGCAGUCCGUCCCCGAACUCGUUCUCCGCCCAGGAUGCUUUGCUGCACGGCCAGUUCACGGGCUGGGGCGUGGGCGGGAGCUCGGGCGGGGGGAGCUCGGGAGGGAGCAGCGCCGACAGUGAAGCGAGCAGUCCUGCCGGCGGCGGUUCGUUACCCUCCAGCCCUUCAUCGUGCGCUUACGCCCUCACUCUGACCCACACUCAUAUCCAUGUGCAGAGGAUCUGUUCCCGACCCGGGAAGGAAGCCCGAGUAGUGCUGCCUCUAUCUGAGCUGGCGGGGUGUAACUGCCCCCGGGCUCCUGCGCCGCCGCUGUUGAUGCUGUAUUGGUACCCGAUGGGACGGCGGCGCAAGGGCGUGGCUAAACGCAAGCAAGUGCGUGCUUACCUGGCUGAGAGCAGAGCGGAGGCGGAGAAAUGGAACACGGCCGUGCAGUGCCUGCUGAGAGGGAUCGAUGUCAGCGUCUACACAGAAUUCAGCAAAAGCUUGUUGCCCCGCCCACGUCGCCUGCUGCUAUUGGUCAAUCCCUACAGCGGGCGUGGUUUGGCAAUGCAGUGGUGUCAGACACACAUUUUACCCAUGAUCAGUGAAGCCAACAUCAGCUACAAUCUCAUACAGACAGAACGGCAGAAUCAUGCCCGUGAGCUGAUUAGAGAGAUCUCUCUGCACGAGUGGGACGGCAUCGUCAUCGUCUCUGGAGACGGACUGCUGCACGAGGUGAUUAAUGGCCUCAUGGACAGGCCAGACUGGGAACAAGCCAUUAAAACUCCAGUAGGAAUGUUACCGUGCGGCUCUGGGAACGCGCUGGCUGGCUCCAUUAAUCACUAUGCAGGAUAUGACAUGUGCCUUCGCGAACCUCUCCUCAUCAAUUGCUGCUUCCUGCUUUGCCGUGGCGGAGUUCGACCCAUGGACCUGGUGUCCGUGACGACUAGCCCGUCUCCCUCGUCUGCAUCGUCCAAUCAGAACGGGCGACCCUCAUCACCCAAGAGACUUUACUCUUUCCUGUCUGUAGCCUGGGGCUUUGUUUCAGAUGUGGACAUUGAGAGCGAGCGCUACAGAGGUCUCGGUUCCGCUCGCUUCACGCUGGGCACACUGGUGCGUUUAGCGUCUCUGCGCUCCUAUAAGGGUCGCUUGUCCUAUUUGCCCCCCGGAGGGGCGAGUUCAACCCCGGAAGUGCCCUCGCAGACCCCGCAUCGACCCCUUUCCCGCAGCAUCACCGAAGGCCUAGAAGGAUACUGUAGAAUGCCGAUCCAUCGCACCUGCUCAGAUAUGGGCCUCAGCGAGCAGAGGAGCCUCCGAAAGGGGGACCGAGAGCGGGAGAGGGAGGAGAGAGACAGGGAGAGGCAGAGGAGAAGAGGGAGAGCGAGAGGUGGAGGAGUGGUGAGGGCGAGCAGUCUCGCUGAGGAUCGAGAGCGAGAGAUGGAGGCGGAGGAGAGGACGGAGGGAACGUCCGGGUCGAGCGCGGAGUCGAACGGAAGACUGGAGUCGAACGAGGAAGAGGAGGAGGAGGAGGAGGAAGACGACGACAGUGCGAGAAACAUGACAGAAGAAGGAUAUGACGUCGAUGAAGGAAAAGAGGCAGAGGAGAGGAUGGAGGGCACGUCCGGGUCUAGCGUGGAGUCGAGUGAAAGACAGGAGUCUGAGAGGAACGGGAGAAUUUCCGCGAAUGAAGAAGGAGAGGAUGAGGGACGGAACAGCGUGGACGGAGCAAGGGAUUUGAGAGGUGGUUACAGUGCAGAUGAAGGAGGAGAGGAGGAAGAGGCGGUGUAUUCGAACACAGACCAGCGAAAAGCGCUUCGUAAAAACUCUGCCCCAUCCAGCCAGCUCGCUACCGCCUUCUUUAGCCGGCCAAUCGGCGCAGAUUCCGAACCAGAAGUAGAAACGCCAGCGUAUGAGCGGGAAGACGGGGCUUUUUUCCAUCAUGGUGCAUUUCCAGCGGACCCUUCACGAGAGCGAGCGCUCACCAUUUCCUCGCCGUUCCGUCGUUCGCGGUUUUCCCUGUCUAAACCCAAAACUUCAGUAGAUCAUAACAAGAACGAGAAACCGAGUGUGUCUAAGCCCCGCCCUCUUUCCUUCCAACAGUCCAAUUCGAACUCCCUACCAGCCAAAUUCUCUUCGUUGUCGUUGUCUCUGUCCCCAACCCCUCCUUCGUCCCCGUCCAAUAUAGGCCCGCAUACCUGCCUGCCUAGCUCCACCUCCUUCUCCUUUGAACUUGCCCAACCUGGUGGGCUCCUUAAGCCCCGCCCCCCAGUUAUCUCCCCUCUGGAUCCACCCCCCGAAGACGACCUCUUGCCCCCACUCGAUCAGCCGCUGCCUACUCGAGAUUGGGUGACGAUUGAAGGUGACUUUGUUCUAGUACUCGCUAUCUACCAGUCGCAUUUGGGAGCCGAUUUGUUAGCAGCACCGCAUGCAAAAUUUGACGACGGACUCAUUCACCUGACGUUUGUGAGGGCCGGGAUCUCCCGGGCAACGCUUCUCCGCCUGUUCCUGGCAAUGGAAAGAGGCACCCAUCUUUCUCUAACGUCACCUUACGUGAGCCAUGUUUCCGCUCGAGCGUUUCGGCUGCAGCCCCUAUCGCCGCGGGGGACGCUAACUGUGGAUGGAGAACUCGUGCCCUAUGGACCCCUGCAGGCACAGAUCCAUCCGUCCAUGGCUCGCGUCAUCGUGGGAGACUCGGGAGUGAAGAUCACUAGAUUCUGACCUGAAAUGUGGGCGGAUUAUUUUACACACUCUGCAUUGCAUAAUAACUAUGCUCUAUGCCGUCCACUUUUGAGAGAGAGAGAGAGAGAGAGAGAGAGAGCGAGACAUUGAGGAAUAAAUAUAACCAGCAGCUGCAAUAAAAGCAAUAGCUUUUAAUGGGAUUUUAUUUAAAAAGGACUACUGGAUCACCAGUGAGUUUAGUAAAGAGAUGACAAGUGGACACUAAGCUACAUGUAGAAAUAGUAACUACUGGUAAAUAUAGGUGAACAGUGGUGAAUAAGGGAAUCUCUUGACAAGUGAGCUUGAACACUUCAGUUUCCAGUUUUCCAUGUGAGUAGAUGAAGUUUUGAUGAUGAUGAAGAUGACCUAACUUUUUAGGCACGUACCGGUCUGCCAUCUUCACCUUUGACCUUGCAAAAUAUACUGGCCUUUUUACACCCCACCCCCUCUCUCUUUUUCUCUUGAUUAUUGCCUCAUCCUUUUAUUGAUGGCCAAAGCACCAAUUUGGCCAAGUUCCUCCUGUUUUGGCCCCUCCUUAACUUUCCCCAAGUUCUGCUUCCUCUGCGGCGUGUCCCAAUCUGCCAAACUUCACUUUACGCCUCGCCCGUUUUCCUGACUACUCUUCCUCAUCAUCUGCUUCAACCGAUUUAAAGCCAACUUCCAGACUGCCAAAAUCAGCAUUCCUCUUCUCUGAUCUUGCAGGACAGAUGGCCGUCCUAAGCUGCGCUCCCAGCUCCAAUUUAGGGCCAUGCACCCGUCAGCUAAGCUUUGCCUCCUUCACCAUUCGUUUAAUACAAAGAAUGUUUGUUUUGUUGACCCUUUUAAGCCUUGUCCACUGGUUUUACUCCGUCUUUCCCCGUUGCCAAAUUUGUGGCUGCAGCCCAAUCUACCAAGUGCCUCCUCCCAUUUUUUUGCAGAAGGUAUACCGCAGAUCCUGCUUCCCCUUUCUUACUGUGUCUUUCCUUGAUGCCUGUCGUCUUGCUGCCGAAUUUUGGACCAGGUCCUAACCUACCAAGCCCCUCCUCAUACACUAUACCAGGGGUGUCCAAUCUUAUCCGCAAAGGGCCAGUGUGGGUGCAGGUUUUCAUUCCAACCAGGCAGGAGCCACACCUGAUUCCACCUGUUUAAUCAGUUGAUCUUGGCUUUCAGUAGACUCAGGUGUGGCUUCUGCUUGGUUGGAAUGAAAACCUGCACCCACACCGGCCCUUUCCGGAUAAGAUUGGACACCCCUGCACUACACCUUUUACCUUGUUGACCCUCUUAAUCUCUGCCACAACCGCAACCAAUCCCAUUUGAGCAGCAAAUUUUGUGCCACUCAGAAUCCGGCAACUGACGUUUCUGAGGGCAGAAAUGUUCCAGGUGGCAGAUCUUCCAAUGUUUCAUCUCCACACGACACUUUAAUAUCACAACCAAUUGCAAGGUGCACCUCUCUUAGUUAAGAUCUGUCCAAACCUUUUAGCAAUUUGCAUUAACAGGGACCAUAGAUAAAUGUGCAUACUAAAUUGACGUCUUAGGUAGCCUACGCAUAGCCUCAAGCAUAGUCUGGAGUUUUAGGUGAGUGUAGCUCACUCUUGGGCAUGUGCCAAUAAUCAGUCGUACGGUAUAUCACGAUAUUUUGUAAAAAUCACCUUGUUAACAAGUACACUUUGGCUCUUGUAUUGUGCACUACAUUAUUUAACCCCUUAAGUAAGGAAUAGGGAAUAGGCAUCAAUCACAUAUAAUUUACUAGGCAACAUAAAGACAGUGGUCUUCUAAAGGCCCUUAUUUUUGAAAGUGUCCUUAUCAGAGAAGGCAAUCCUAUCAUUUUGUUCUCGAGACGAAUAAAAUGCGUCCAGGGAAAAAAUUGUUGCUUUUAGCGAUAUUUUUUAAUACUAUAUCGUGAUGAUAUCGUAAGCUUUGAUAAUCAGCACAUGCCUAGUGGUUAUAGGAUACAGCCAUUUAAUGGCCAUUUUAUUCUGAUUAUAAAUAUCUUUAAUAGUGCAUUUGCCUGAUUGUUUAAGCAAAAGCAUGCGAUGCUGAUGUUCAUGUGAGGUAAUGCAACUUGCACAAUUGCUCAAUUUUAAUUUCAGUUUUUUUCUUUUAACCAAAAUUUGAAAUCUACCCAAGCAUUCAAACUCUUUGCUAAUUGUGAAACAUUUAGCCGCUCGUUUAAUUUAUUCAUUUUGUUAAUGUAUUUUGCAAAGAUUUCUGCUUAUGAGGAAAUGUUUAAAGUGGGGUUUUUUAAAGCCUUUAAUUAAAAGAAAAUGGUUUUAAAGCUAAAAUAAACACAAAGUAAACACUGAACACUUUUUCCCCCCAAAAUCAACCACGGAUUGACAAGCUAAAUCGUUAAGUAUUAAAUGACUUUUUAUUACUUUUAUUUUUAAAUUCCUGACAAAAUAACGGACAUUUUGAGCGAGAAAUAAAAACGUAAAUUGUUUCAGUUUUGUCAACAUGAAAUGUAGACAGCUUGUGAAUUGCGACCACGAUGAUUAUUAAAGGAAUAUUUAAAUGAAAAGAAAUUGUACACAAUGUUCCUCUUGUCUCAGAUUUCAUCAGUCAGCCAUUUUUUGUGUCUGAAGUUUAGGUUUGCGCCAGAGCUACGAGGCCAGUGUAGCUAAGUAGUUGUUGAUGGACAGCCAUCUCAUUCGUAAACAUCUACUUGUUUCAAACAAUAUUAACAAACUACAUAAUCUGAAUUCUGUGGAAACGAUUGUGUAAAAUGAUAUUAUAUUAUACCCUGCCCCAUAAAGUUUGUAGGUGAAAUCUGGACAAUAAAGUUCUGUUUAAAAAAAUAAUAAUAGUAGACCUCAGGAAAAAUUUAGCUACAUAAUGUCCAAUUCUUGCUAGCUACAUUUUCAACUAAAGACACAAACUUGUUUUGGCUGAUUUGCAUUUCCAGGUUAGUGGGAAAGGUGUAUAUUUCCGGUUUGUUUGGGUUUUUUUUUUUUUUCCAAGUGCUAAAAUUUGGACUCCUGGAAUCCUGGACUUGGGCUGCGUUUCAUUUCAUAUGGUGGACCAUUGCUUCGGAGCAGUAUAAGACACUUCAGGAGUAACUGAACUGCUGCUUUCAUGAUCCCAGUUAUGAUGUCUUGUUAAUAGAUGCUUGUAAUAAAAUUGUAAUUAUCACUAAUAGUCAAUAUUAAAUAAAAAAUAUAUAUAUGA